UCAUAGUUUGGAAUCAGUCUAGAGGAGAAUCGAGAACGAACGCUACGUCGCUGGCGUGGAGUGAAAGAAUCUGCAGAACUGCAACUGACACCGACGGGAACAAAAACGCAAUUUUUAGAGAAAGAAAUAUCACAAUAUGGUCUGGUCCAUGGAGGGAGAGACAGAGCGUCCUCCUCUGUCCAUCAUCCUGCCAAGGCUCUACCUGGGAGCAGAGAGCGAUGUGACGCAGGAUGGACUGGCCUCUCUGGGAAUCUCCUACGUGCUGAGCGUGAGCCGCUGCAGCCCCCGACCUUCCUUCCUGCCCUGCUCCAGAUACCUCCGCAUCCCCAUCGAUGACUCCCUGUGGGAUGACCUGCUGCCCUGGAUCCCUCAGGCUCUACGUUUCAUCGACGCAGCGAUGUCUUCCGGUGCCUCGGUGCUGGUUCACUGCGCAGCCGGAAUCUCUCGCUCUCCGGCCCUGGCCGUUGCCUACAUCAUGUACAGCUCGGGAAUGGAUCUGGACCACGCCUACAGGUUUGUGAAAGAGCGCCGACCCUCCAUUUCGCCGAAUUUCAACUUCCUGGGUCAGUUGCAGCACUUCCAGGGCACCCUGCGUCGGCAGGCCUCCAGUGACAACUUCCCCAGCCGGCCGCCGGACAACGGCCUCCCAUCCACGGACGGCAGUAACAAUCGCAGCGCCACCAUUCCCAAAAUGAAUGAUCAGGCCGGCGGCAAGAGUGACAGAUCAGCGGAAGAGAUGCAAACGUGCCCAGAGAAUUUCUGUCAGCUGAGACAUUCGAAUCCAGACGCAAACGGGAACCGGCAGAUUUCCUCGUCGGGGAAACGGUGGACUCACAAUAACAACCAGCGGGAAAUCCAGACACCCUGGGGGCUGCCCGAUCCGAGCCCCUGUGUAUUGAUUAAACCAGCACCAAAGCCCGCACCACACCCAGCUGCGGUCUCCCCUUCUCUCUCGGAGAGGCGCAAAAGCCUCAGCCUCUGCUUGACCCCCUUGGGGAAGGGCCCUCCCUCGGCGACGUGCGACGGCAUGCGAGCCAACAGUCCCGAUUUGCCCAGGGGUGUCCACGAGGAGGAAGCGGCGGCGGCGGCAGAAAAAAAACGGGAGGCAAAGACCUUGCGGAGGCAUGCGGGGGAGAUGCGGGAGAAGCGGAGUCCUUCGCCGGAAAAACACCACACCUCGGAGGCGAAGGAGCAGGGCCUUCUUUCGCCGCUCAGCUGCACGCUCAACAAACUGCUGGACUGGGGGGAGAGAGUGCUGCUUGGCGGGGUUUUUGCCCACCCUGUCAAGAUGGGGCAACCCGCUUUGCCAUACAGGUGCUGAGCCGAGUCAUCUUGCGUGCAUGUUUCUCCAAAGGAAUGACGCCGUAUGUGAGGUACACCGGCGGUCUGCAGCCAGCUCCUUGUUUAUUUUGUUAUUUAUUGCGGGAAUGACAGAUUGAUGCGCCACUUCUCCGCUUGUUUUGGCCCGGUCGUCUUGUCGUUUGUAAGAUGCCGUCAUUUUUAAGUCAUUGUCGCUUUGUCCUGAAUUGUACAGUAUUGACUGAUUAAAGAGUGAAUUUCAACCA